GCCGCCAGUUGUUCUUUUUUCGUAUGUGCAGUACAUGAGCUAUCUUGGUUCGAUCAUCUCGAAUGGAUCAUGACCUACUUACCUUGUCUGUCUGAACAACUUGUUUAUCAGUCGAGCGACUAGUCCCUGCCGUAUGAUCGUGACUUCGUCCAACUGCGUGUUCCACACUUCACAUCAAUGUCAGACUUUUGUCUAGAACAACGCAGACACAACGAGAGCAUUGCAGCACCCGCCAGCUCGUGAGCAAACACGUUCUGUCACAUGUCUUCCAUCACAGGUCCUCCCCGUGAAUCAUUCUGCGGGUCCAACAUAUAAGGCUCACUCCACAAUGCUCUGCCAUCUCAUGCAAAUAGUUGAACCACAUGUCCACAGACACCCCCCUGUUCUCGCGCGAGGACUACAUCAAAGCACUUGCCCCUGUCGCUAUCUGCUCAGCCUCAAAUCAUUGUCCCAUUUGUCAAGAAGAAUACAACGACCUCCACACACCAGUUCUUCUCCCUGGUUGUGGGCAUAUCUUUGGGCGUACAUGCAUCCAUGAGUGGCUCAAGGGUGACGCGAACACAUGCCCCCUGGAUAGAAGCAUACUCUUCCUUCCGCAGAUGCAAUCCGACUCGGACGAAAGCCAUCACUGGUCUCUCAUUCCCCAUUCAUUUCCUGGCCCAGCCCAUGCCACUCGCCGCACACGCCGUGAUAGCGGACAGGAUAACUACAUGUUCUCCAGCGGCGAGAUUAUCGGAGUAAAUGGCGCAUUGACACAAGAAGGCUGCUGUCACACGGUCCGCGACCUCUGGCACCAGACGGGCUUCUUUUUCCGACAAGCGAGCCAGCGCGUAGAUGAUCUAGAUGUCUUCGCAAUCGACGAGAGCCUGCUGAUAGGGCAAAUCAGGGGGGUGUUGCCUCUGGGUAUCCAAAUUCCGGAUGAAGCGUGGCCGAUGUUGAUUGGCAUAGUCAGAACGAUGUUGGUAUGGCAUCAUCAAGCGUGGGAGGAUCGAUGGCCAGAGGGGAGAAUUGCGCAUGAAGAGGUGUGGAGGUUUGCGGAAGAUCUUUGGAUGUCUUGUGGAGGUGAUGCUGUGGAUUGA